AUGCCAACACUGAUGAUGUCAUCAAAUACCGAUGGGAGGAAAACGUGCCCAUCGAUCUCCCAGACAACUUGGAGAUCGCGCAGUACGACCUCCUCGGCCAUUCUACACACGAAAUCAAACAGGAGUUCGUCACAGGUAAUUUCAGCGGUCUGCUCGUAAAGUUUAGUCUUCGUCGCCAAAACGGCUACCACGUCCUCCAGACCUACGUGCCCACCAUCCUGAUCGUGUCCAUCUCGUGGGUGUCCUUCUGGCUGGACCCGAACGCCGUGCCCGGGCGAGUGUCCCUCGGCGUCACCACUCUGCUCACCCUCACCACCCUCGCCUCGGGUACCCGCGCUUCCCUACCGCCCGUGUCAUACGUCAAGGCUAUCGACGUAUGGGUUGGCAUGUGCAUGAUCAUGGUGUUCGGGGCGCUGCUAGAGUUCACGCUUGUCAACUGGCUCGCCAACAGGAAGGUCGCGCCGGACUGCCAACCCGUGUUCAAGAUCCCCAAACUGCUGGCCAGCUUCGAUGAAGAGGCUGCCGCCCGCGCAGAGGAUGAGCUGCCCAAAACCCCAACCACUUACAUCGGCCACGCCCGCGCCUUCGAUCGCCUGUGUCGCGCCGCAUUUCCUGGAGCCUUCCUGAUUUUUAACUUCAUCUACUGGCCAUACUACCUCACCCAGCAGACCUUGGAGGCAACCACCGCCUAAGUUUGCCGUUAACAACAUGGCGAAGUUCUUUCCAAAGUAAAGAUAACUUGUCUUUACCUUGGUUUUAUUUCCAAGGAUAGAUAGCUCAAGAAAGUUGGAAUGAAAAUAGGAAAACAGGAAAUAUUACCAUUAUGGAUGCAUUACAUCUAUGGCAUACUCAUAUGAAGAACUGAUCUUAUGUUAAAGAAAGAGAGAGCUUAGC